CAGAAAUAACCUGAAAAUGAGGAAAAGGGGAGUAGAGGUUUUUUUCCCCCUAAGAAAAGAGACUUUUUAAAAUGAAAAUUUUCUUAGCUAUGAAAAGUCUUUAAUCUUCACUUAUCCAAAUGCUAACAUACAUAAAAAAUAACUAAUUCAGAUGAGAAGCUAUUGAUAGUAUCUACAAUAGGACAAAUGUCUGAAUGAAACAUAAAAACAAAACUAUAAAAAUACUAUUGUUAUAAUGGCAGUAUCUGGAUAUGUAUUUUCUUCCUCGAUCAGUUUGCAAGGGUUUGACAAUGAGGGGGCAGACCCUCAGUUUAUAUGAUCCUUCAGGUAUUGAAAGAAAAAGAACGAUGAAGGAAAAAAAUGCAAGUUCUGGUUACUUUGUUCUACUAGGUUUUUCUAACUGGCCUCAUCUUGAGUUAGUUCUCUUUGUGGUUAUCUUGAUGUUCUACAUGAUGACACUGAUAGGUAACCUGUUCAUCAUUUUCUUGUCAUAUCUGGAUUCCCAUCUCCACACUCCUAUGUACUUCUUCCUCUCAAACCUCUCUUUUCUAGAUCUUUGCUACACCACGAGUUCCAUCCCCCAGUUGCUGAUCAACCUCUGGGGGCCAGAGAAAACCAUCUCUUAUGCUGGUUGCAUGAUUCAACUUUAUUUUGUCCUUGCACUGGGAACUGCUGAAUGUGUGCUGUUGGUGGUGAUGUCCUAUGACCGUUAUGUAGCUGUGUGUAGACCCUUGCAUUACAAUGUCCUCAUGCACCCUCAUUUCUGCCAUCUGUUGGCUGUGGCUUCUUGGGUAAGUGGCUUUACCACCUCAGCACUUCAUUCCUCAUUUACCUUCUGGGUACCCCUGUGUGGACAUCGCCAAGUGGACCAUUUCUUUUGUGAAGUUCCAGCAUUGCUUCGACUGUCAUGUGUUGAUACUCGUACUAAUGAGCUGACCCUUAUGGUCAUGAGCUCCAUUUUUGUGAUCAUACCACUUAUUCUCAUUCUCAGCUCCUAUGGUGCCAUUGCUCAGACUGCGCUGAGGAUGCAGUCAACAACUGGACUUCAGAAAGUCUUUGGGACAUGUGGAGCCCAUCUUAUGGUUGUAUCCCUCUUUUUCAUUCCAAUCAUGUGCAUAUAUCUACAGCCACCAUCAGGAAAUUCUCAAGAUCAAGGCAAGUUCAUUGCCCUCUUUUAUACUGUUGUCACACCUAGCCUCAACCCUCUAAUCUACACUCUCAGAAACAAAGAUGUAAAAGGGGCAGUUAAAAGAUUAAUGGGCUGGGGUAGGGAGAUGUGAGAGAUCACCUGUCCAGCAACUUUUUUCAGAGAGUCUUAUCUCUCUCGGAGGUUUCCUCUGCUCCCUUGAGACGUGACGGUAUUUUUGGUCUACAACCCACCAAGCAUAGAAGAAAAGUUCUGCCCCCAAAUUUGUUGUUCUUUUUAUUUGUUCAUUCUGAAAUAUUUUCUAAAGAUAACCUUUUUGAUUUGUACAACUUUAAUCUUUAAUUAUUCUAUGUUUAGUGUUUCCAGAAAUUAGGGGCCUGGUUUUAAAAUUAAUAUACUAAUUUAUGGAG